GUGAUGUAGUUGAGAGUUGACGAGAAGGCAAGGGAGAGAGACUGAUAACACUCGUUGUUCUACUACUACACACGUGACAGUUGUGGGAGGUCUUGCUUCAGUUCAGUCCUCAUCAUAAUGAGUCCUUACAGCGGAUGGAUUUACCCACUUGGCCACCUACCCCGAGGGGACUAUGGUUUCUGUUUCAAAGUUGGGUUUCCGACAUUUAUUUCAAUGUCGUGCGGGAUUUGUCAGUGGUUUUCCUCAAUGUUGUGACCUAAUAAUAAGCAACACACUCUCCCUAGGACUGUUGGCAUGCUCCACACAGCAACCGUCGAGGGGGAAAAAUUAAAGUUUGUUCCCCAGAAGAGAAACACCGCCGUGAAUGACCAUCACUAACAGCUGUUACGACUUGAAAUACUGGCGAGAGUCACGUGAGGUCGAGAGAUUCAUUUUAUCAAAUUUGAAAUAUUCGCCAUCUCACCCACACGUGUUCAUCGACAGACAGGCAGCUGAUACUCGCGGGGCAGGAUGGGAAGGCAGCGAGCAGACGCUGUUAACGAGUGAUGCAUAGCAACCUUCUAUGGGCGCUGUCACCGAACGCCAACACCAUCAUGUCGAACACCAGCGCCACCAGAGUCAUUACUCCUCACAAGACGAUUGAGAACACUUGCGCGCAAAAUAAGUGGCAAGCUUAUACAGUCGGCCCAGGGGCCCAAGAGCUGAUCAGUGGACCACACGAUCGGAGUGGAUUUCUGCGCAAGCGCGGACAGAAGGAACGACUGUUCGAGAACCUCAAGCUGUCCAAACACGUGAACUGGCGACAACGCUUCGUCGUCGUCUCCGACUGCUGCUGCUACUGCUACGACGAUGAGCUGGCCAAGGAGCCGCUGCAGUGCUUCUCACUCGCUGGAUACAACAGAGUUUACCGAACAACCUCUGAACGCAACCCAUUCUGCUUCAUGGUGGAGCCAAUCAACAGAUGGCAGGAAAAGCUCCACAUCUUCUCUUGUUCCAGUGAGGAUGACCGGAAGCUCUGGAUGCAAGCAUUCAAGGGCGCCAUGGUGGAGGCCAACGACGCCAAGAAUUCUUCUAAGGGAGAAAGUGGAGAUUCAGACGAGUUCAAAGAUAUCGAGAAGCCGAUCUUUGAGACGGAAGACAAUCACCUCUCUCAGACCACAGUGUCGCUGCACGAUGACUCAGGAGGGGAUGCCGUGGACAGCGACACCGACAGCGACUACGACCGCGUCGACGAGGAUCUUCUCCAGCAGCAGCAGCAGGUGUUUCCACCACAGCGACUGCGCAAAGUGCCGCUGCCACCCAUUCCCCAGGGGGACGUAAGCCCUCGAGCACAUACCUCUCCCAUCGAACCUUCGCCUCCACCCCGGGUCAACAAAAACAAGCCCCGGACAGGCCCCAGACACGAUGUGGCGCCACCUAUACCUGCAGCCAAACCCCAGGUAUCCCCGGAGAAGCCAAGACGCCUGUCAGAGAGGGAUAGUCUGUUCGAUGACAGCGAUCGUGAAAAGGCCAUCGCGAUCCUGAGGGAGAAGAAAGCUCUUGGAACGUUUUUAAUUCGGAAAUCGCGGCAAGGAGACAGCAGAGUCCUGGCCGUAAUGACUGCAGAAGAUGUCAAGGAGUACAAAAUAUUUGAAGAGGGUAACAGGGUCACGCUGGACAGAAAACAAUUCUUUCGCGACGUAGACGAACUGCUGGACACGUACAGCCGCGAGCCGUUGCCCAACCGCCAGCAGACGUUGACCAGGUCCUUCAGCAGCGCCACCUGCAAUCCACGCCACCCCAAGUCGCCGUCAUGAUGCCCUCCGGCUUCGCUCUCCUCUGCCUGGUCAUCGCCCCGAUCCUUCUCGGUAUCUUCAUCCUGGUCUGACCUCGCUCCCAAGUUUUCAGCGAGACUUUUUGUUCCACGUGGAGUCUUGGCUGAGGGCUUCUCCUCGCUAGACGAGCUUCUCAUGUGUUUGCACCAUUGUGCCCAGACUUGUGCUUCAAUAUCGAGAGAAAAAAACCUUUCUAUUAUUUGAGGUCCCGUUCUUGCGAUGUUAUAAGUACACCUUACUAAGCGGUCUGAAGCUGAAUAAAAGAGUCGUAUCGUCUGAUUAAAGUGAAUGAUUUGCACUUCGUGUGUGAAAACAUUAAACUGACUCGACAACAGUGUUGUGACACGUGGGAUUCCACUUGGUACUUACCUUGUGUCUGUCUCGAUGUGACAGCAGUUGUUGUCAUGGUACUAACCUGUUACAAACUGACAGAAAGUUGGCUUUGGCUACGAACAGACCGUGGUAACAAACUUACUGUGCAUGUUUGCCUCUAAUUUGCACGUACCUCCCUUGGAAUAGAAAAACUUUGAACUUGUUAAAAUUGAUGCAUGCAGAAGCGAUGUUGGAUUUCUCAUCUGCCUGUUGUUAUUGUAUUUAUAUUUGUGUUCCGAUAUUUACUGUUUUCUGCUUGGAACGAUAUUCAUUGCCUCUACAUUGCCCUUACUGACCCCCACCAUCUGCCCCGCCAGCAACUGUCAUCUCCGAGUGUUCCUCACUGGGAAUUUGAGAUACAUCUAUAAACUUUUAAACCUUAACAUCUGUAGGCUGUUUGCGAUACCAUCUCGUCCUAUUAUUCUCGAAGGUAAAUCGGAGCUGAUUGUUUGACUGCAACCUGGCGUCGUUUGAAGUCGCCUGCAGGACAAAGAUGACGCGAGGCGAGUGAGGGACGAGAAGAGGGCGAGAUGACGCGAGGCGAGUGCAGGGCGAACACAGAGGCAAGGAAGGGUCAUAACAUCUGGGCAAGUGUGAAUAGCCCCGAGCUUGACAGCAAAGAGAGUGGUAGGACUAAGUCUGUGAGAUGGCGCAAGAAUAAAUAUCAGGCGACUUGUGUAGUUCGGACACCUGUACCGACGUGUAGCGUUUGGUUUUGAUAGUGAUCUUGUUUUCCCUUGUCCUCAGUUAGUUGAUUGGUUAAUUUAUAUCUUACUUGUUUCUUUUACUUCUUUCUUGCUUUUUUUAUUUCUUCCUUUCCUUCUUCCUUUCUUUGAAUAACUGUUGAGCACAGUUCACAAUCUGUUCAUUAUCUAAUCUCAGUAUUCUAGGCUUUAACCAGGAGACCUGCCAGCCAGAAGGUGAGGGAGUGUUGUGAGGAACUAUUAUGUAGCACAACAUGUAGCGAGUUCUCUCUCUGUCUCAUUUUGCGAAGCAUGUUGUUUUAUGUAUCAUUGAACAAAUUACAGCGCAUUAUCAUUUGAGAUGUUUUAGUUUAGUUCUUCAGCUUCUCCUUUUGUCUUUCUGUUCUCAGCAAAUAAAUAGAUCCUGAUACAAUAAUAAAUGAAUAUUAUUAAUAUCAUUAUUUAUUUAGUUGGUUAAUCCUAAAAGUAUCUAUGAUCUUUUAGUCAGAAUUAUGCUUAUCUUUAGAAACAGCAUCAGAAUUUUGGGGCUGAAUUCAUGUUUAUAUUUAUCACUGAAAGUUAAAUAAAAUAUUGCUGUUGUU